AUAAGAAAAGUCUGAGACAAUGAAGGUAGCGCUGUCAGCUCUCCUCCUGGUCACCACCUUCAUAUCCCACACAGCGGGAGUAGUCCACGUUCAUGUCACAGUUACAACAACACACGCAGUUUCAAUUACUGAUGACUUGUUUGUUGGCGUAACACUGGACUCCAGUCUACUGCCCACCCCAAAGCAUUGGGGAGGACUGGACCUCAACUCUCACAAAGUUCGAACCCUGGCUAGAGGUUUGUCGCCAUGCUAUUUGAGGAUUGGAGGCACUGCGGGGGACACCCUGACCUUUCUCCCUACAGGUCAUGGCACAGUAGACAGCAGCCGUGCAUUAACAGGAGCUACCUGGGAUGCUGCCAAUAGAUUUGUCCAGGAUGUCAACUGGAAGUUAAUAUUUGGUCUGAACGUACUGAAGAGGAAGGAUGGUCACUGGGAUCCUUACAACGCACAAAAACUGCUGGAAUACACCAAAGCAAAAGGGUACCACCUGGCAGGCCUUGAACUCGGAAAUGAACCUGACAUAUUCCUUGGGCAGCAUAACAUCACGGUGAGUGCCAGUCAGUUGGGACGGGACUACUACAACUUCAAGAAGCUGCUCCAAUCGACGCCCGGGUAUGAGAAAACACCAAUAUUUGGACCUGACAUGACCUCUGUAACUCGAUCAGGAAAAUACUUGACUGAUUUCCUGAGAGCAGGAGGAGACAAGGCCGUGCACGGAAUAACCUUUCACCAUUACUACACCAAUGGCCAUACUGCACACCUCUCGGAUUUCACCAAUACCAAGUUGAUGGACACACUGGUCAGUUACAUACAGUCAGGGAUAGAUGUGUCAAGACACACAAACCCACAUACCCCACUCUGGCUUGGAGAAACGUCCUCCUGUCAUCAUGGCGGUGCCCCGGGGAUGUCCAACAGAUACGUCGCUGGGUUUCUGUGGCUGGACAAGCUUGGUAUUGCUGCCCGGAUGGGGUUGAAAGGAGUUCUCAGACAGGACUUCUACGCCGGAACCUAUGGACUGAUUGACCACCAGACCUUUGAUCCAUUGCCUGACUACUGGUUAACUGUCCUCUAUAAGAGACUGGUGGAAGGCGCCGUGCUUUCAGUAAACACGAACCAUGGCAACAGCACCAUCAGAGCCUACGCCCACUGCACAAAGCGAUCCACUUCCUAUGGCUACGUGCCCGGCAGUGUGACGAUGUACUUCCUGCUUCCCACGGAUACCACUGCCUCCAUUAACUUUCCACAAUUUCCCGGCCAACACGUAGACGUGUUCUGGCUGAAGCCAGUCGAUGGACUCACUGGCAGUUCUUGCUGCAGUGUUCGGAACAAGCAUGGCCAAGGGUCAUGGUGGUGGUCACGGUCAUGGAGGUGGAAAGGGUCAUGGUGGUGGCCAUGGGGGUAAAGGACAUGGAGGACAUGGUGGCGGACAUGGGGGCAAGGGCCACGGAGGCCAUGGCGGUGGACAUGGGGGCAAAGGGCAUGGAGGCGGCCAUGGAGGAAAGGGGCACCAUGGAUAAACCAUGUAGAUGAAAGGCGUGUGACAAUGCAGCUUCUACAUGUCAUUCCACUGCUGCUGGACAACGGGGAAACAACUCAGAGAAAACAUGAUGAUAUUGUAUUUUGUUUGAUAAGACCUCCGAAUAAAAAUACACCCCGAGGUGUUGAAUCUAACAAGA